GCAGUGCCGCUGUGAGCAGAGCUCGGUCUGGUCGAUGUCAGACCAUGGACCGAAGAUGGAUUUGUUAAAAACUUUACACUUGUGUGCAGUGAAGCACAUUUGCUUGAGAGACGUCGUGUCGCGAGGUUAAAACAGUUGAUCGCCGGUAUCGAAGUUGUAAACGAAACGAAAUAAAUGCGCAGGCGCAUGCUACGCGAGAAACGAAUGUAUUUUCAAAACAAAACUUUUUAAAUAUUCAUGUUGAUUGUCGGACACCGAAACCAACAACAGCAACAACAAACGAGUCCCAACAAAGCGUCAACAAUCCCUUCAGAAAACGGUCAUCGUCGAGUGAAGUUGUCGGAGUCGUUACUGCGGUCGCCACUCUCGUCCAGCCAACAGGCAAAUAGACCCGAAUAGAGUACCCGCAGCAGUACCACAACACGCAGAAGAGAAUUUGUAAACACGCCGUAGGAAGGAUGGGCAGCCGAACAGUUUUGGCGGUGUCCAUGUGGUUCUCGGUUGUGGUCGUAUUGUUCACGACUUAUCCCACACAUUCGCUGAGCACUCGACAAAAUGUCAGUUUAGUUUUGGGUCAAAAUAGCUCGGUAUUGGAGCCGUAUGCGACGAUAAAAAACGACACAUUCGAAAGAGCGGUCGAUGCCAUGGCGAAGGCUCGCUCCCAGGAUGAUGCUGUGAAUUACGAUUUGGUAGCUCCCAGGCUCGAGGAUCAUUUGGAGAGAUCGUCCAUAAUAUACGGCUUGGUUCAGGUGGCCAACGAAAGCAAUGUGAAUCCCAGUUGCCAUCGACACUUGAAAAGCAUCCGCAGAGGGAUACUACGAAAGGAGCCCUGGGCUAUCAAAGCUUUGGAUGCCUCCGGAAACAAGCCGUCCGGGUUUAUCUUCGGCCAUAACUACUGGUUUGGCAGCAAGGAAGGCUGUGGCGCCGUUCGGAAACCCGUGGGUAUAACUUUGUCGGCCAAUCAUCCGCGCAUCAUGAAACUGGGCAUCAUCAACGACAUCGCUCCCUUCGACAUGGACUACAGGGUGGUGUACUUGAAGCACCAUUCUCCGUGGCAAGUCGAAAUCAAGUUGAUGUCCGAGCAAAUUAUCCACGUGGGUCUGUGCCUACCCUCGUCCUGCGACACGCCGGAGAUUCAAAAUCUAAUGUCUCACUACAUUAGAGAGGGCCUUUUCAUAGAGAACGACAUUUACGACAUACAACCCGAAGUGGUUUACAUGAAGGACCUGAAAGUGGCUCCGGACUUCUUUGAAAGACAAAGCUUCAAAUUGCUCAGUAUCUUCGUGGCUUUCAUUUUGGCAAUGGUAUUGAUGGCUUCGUACCUCAGGAGUCGGUCCCAGACUGCAGCCGAGGAGAAAUCUCUCGACGAUGCAGAUAGUCCCACGACCACGGCCGCAACAGGUCUCGAUGAAGACGUUCUACUUUCGCUGUGGAGUUUCCCGAAAGUGCGCAACUUCAUCAUGUGCUUCGACAUGCAGGAGAAUCUGCGGCAGAUGUUCAGCGUGAGGGACUCCAAACCGACUGAGAUUCCCGUCAUCAAUGGCCUGCGAUCCGUCUGUGCCGUCUGGAUAUUAGUGUUCCACGUCUUGUGGUUCAUGUAUUUCACGGUUCACAACAAGGCCUUCCUGAUCUCCUAUGCGGAGAAGACGUUCUUCCAGUACAUUAGUUCUGCCGCGUUGUUGGUCGAUGUGUUCUUCACCAUAAGCGGCUUUUUGCAGACCUAUAACUUCUUCAGGAACGCCAAGAAAGUCGAAAUGAUCCGCAACAACAGCCUGGGCCAGAAUGUCAAGCAAUUCUUCAAAAUGUCAUUUCAUCGCUAUUUACGCCUAGUCCCGCUGUAUCUGGUGGUGAUGGCGGUCGUGGACUUACUCUUUGCCUACAUUGGCAAGACCUCAGUGUACGACAUACACGACAAAUUCGACGAGAACUGUGCCAACUACUGGUGGCGCAACUUGUUUUUCAUUCAGAACCUUUUUGAGCACCGCGACAUGUGCGUGAAUUGGACCUGGUCACUGGCGUGUGAAAUGCAGUACUUCCUUUUGGCCACUGCACUGCUCUUCCUGUACACCAAAUAUCCUCGUGUCGUGAAGACACUAACCGCCGUGUUCUUGGCUGGCAACAUUAUGUGGUCGUACGGAAUCGGAAUGCGUACCAAGUUCCAGUUAUCAUUCGACACAAUGUUCGCCACCGGCACCGACAUCUACAUCAGCCCCUUUGUGCGGAUUCUGCCUUACAUUAUUGGCGCUAUUGCCGGCUGGGCCUUCGUCGAGUACAACUUGCGCCCCGCCGACCUGAGCGAGCUUCAGGAGAAAACUUGCUGGCAUCUAUCCAUCUUCAUCUUCUUCGUCUGCAUGUAUUCCACCAUCAAACGGGACAUUUCGACCCUCAUGGCCAUCACCCUGUUCGUAGUUGGGCGAAUCCUCUUCAGCUUGGCCAUCAGUUGGAUGAUCAUUGGCAGUGCCACAGGUCGCAGCACCGUCUGGUCGAGAUUUUUGGAAGCGAAGGCGUUCCAGCACUUCAAUAGAAUAUCGUAUGCCAUCUACUUGCUCAACCCGUUUGUGAUUGCUCUGUUCUUCUCCUUCACCAACAGCAGUACGGAUGCGGAUCCCCUCAUGCUGUGCGUUUUGUGUACCGGUUUCACGGUCAUCGUGUACGUGGUCUCCGUUGUGUUCUCGGUGACCUUUGAGGUUCCCUUCUGCAAUUGGUCUAGCCAACUUCUCAAGGGCGGCAGCACACCCACCGUCCGCAGCUGCUCGAAAGUGAAAAGCUCCUAAUCGGAUCCAGUGUGUCCGAACAGAUGGCCUUUACAAAUCAUUGCAACGCAUUGUGAUCUUUCAUACAAACCCUUCCCUCCACCCCCCCACUCAUUCCGUUAUACACGACUCCAAUUAUGUUAUUCAGCUAAGUCAUUAGUAGUCUAGGCGGUCCCACUGCAGGACCUUAAUUUAAUUCAAUAAUUAAUAAUGAAAACUAAUUAUCUAAUAAGUGUACCCGACAUGGAUGUAUGUAUGUAGCCCAAACCUGUACAUAACCGUUAUACAAAUCUUGAUCAGGGACUAGAAUUCGCGUCACAUACCCGCAGGUACGUAGGUAUGUGGAUGCAUUCGCUCGCUAAUUUAAAUAAACGUUAAUACAAUAAAAAAACACGC